AUGACAAUAGAUCCAUUGACAGUAAUCCAGUCAACAGAUCCAUUGAUAGUAUUCCAGUCAACAGGUCCAUUGAUAGUAUUCCAGUCAACAGGUCCAUUGACAGUAUUCCAGUCAACAGGUCCAUUGGCAGUAUUCCAACCAACAGGUCCAUUGACAGUAUUCCAGUCAACAGGUCCAUUGACAGUAUUCCAACCAACAGGUCCAUUGACAGUAUUCCAGUCAACAGGUCCAUUGACAGUAUUCCAGUCAACAGGUCCAUUGACAGUAUUCCAGUCAACAGGUUCAUUGACAGUAUUCCAGUCAACAGGUCCAUUGACAGUAUUCCAACCAACAGGUCCAUUGACAGUAUUCCAGUCAACAGGUCCAUUGGCAGUAUUCCAGUUUACAGGUCCAUUGAUAGUAAUCCAGUCAACAGGUCCAUUGACAGUAUUCCAGUCAACAGGUCCAUUGAUAGUAUUCCAGUCAACAGGUCCAUUGAUAGUAUUCCAACCAACAGGUCCAUUGACAGUAUUCCAGUCAACAGGUCCAUUGACAGUAUUCCAGUCAACAGGUCCAUUGAAAGUAUUCCAGUCAACAGGUCCAUUGACAGUAUUCCAGGCAACAGGACCAUUGACAGUAUUCCAGUCAACAGGUCAAUUGAUAGUAUUCCAACCAACAGGUCCAUUGAUAGUAUUCCAAACAAAUCAGAUGUGUGAAAUUAGGUAUAUCGCUGCAAAACGGUGUCACUCGGUUGUCAUAUCUACUUGA